AUGCACGCCGCGCUUCGCACGGCCGAGCUUCGCGCUCUCAUCUUCGAGGAGCUUCCCCUGCGCACACUUGCUUCCCUCGCCAGAUCGUGCAAGUUGCUCUCUGCGUCAGCCCUAGCGGUACUCUGGUACGAGCUGCACGACCUCCAGCCCGUCUUCAGGCUUUUGCCGGAGUCUAAAAGGAUAAUAGAGGGCGAGCUCGAGUAUAUCACUCCCAGGGACGUCGACCGCAUUAGAUACUACCGCGACUUUGUCCGUCGCCUCACCUUUCCUUUGCUACCGGCCGCGGGUCGCUUGUCCCCGUCUGCUCUGAAGCAAAUCAUCGUUGCCCUCGAUGAAGAUUUUCUCUUCCCCUAUCUCCGUUAUCUGGACUACACUGGGCCUUCCGAAUACUUCUCUAGCUUCCCGGCCUUGAUACCGCAUUCACUCACAAGUCUGCACCUCAACAUAGAAGACGAGUGGUACUUGGACGACGCAGGUCUCUCUACUGCCACUGCUAUGGAAGUAGUCACUCUGAUGAUGGCCAAAGUCCGGAGGCGAAACAUCAGCGCGCUCUCACUCCGACUGCCACCAGAGAUGCCUAUUUGGCCAGUGGCAGAGAUCUUGACGGGCUGGAACGGUUUGCGGACGCUGACAGUGAUGGGGCAAAUCGACGAGAAAACAUUAGCGGCCAUACACGCGCUUCCCCUCCUGCAAUCCCUAAGACUCCUCUGCCACCCUCGCGAAUUCCUUCCGUUCUGUCGGACGGAGAGAAAGUCGUCUUCUCUGCGGACCGCCAAGAUACACAUCCCGACCAUGACUGAUGCAGCGGCGGCCCUCGCGCUGAACUCGCCCCCCGACAUAGACCCUCCCCUACGCCUUCACGAGCUGACUGUGUGGCCCGAGAACCCAGAAAACAUGGAGUACCUCGGGAAACAAUUGCGGAACCACUGCUCCGUCGAUGAGCUGGAGAACUUCAUCGUCCAGUGGAACGAGUUAUCCUCAGUGCCUUACGCUGUUGUCGUGACAAUGCAGGAUCUCCGUCCCUUGCUUGACUUCAUUAACCUACGCCAUGUUAGGGUGGACCUGAAUUGUCGUCUGGAUCUCAGCAACGGCGACCUGGAGGCCAUGGCGCGCGCUUGGCCGCAGGUCCGCACGCUUCAUCUGGAAGGCACCAGACUCAGCACAUCGUUGUGCACGCUCGAUGGACUACUCCCUUUCGCCCACCACUGCACACAUCUCGAACAACUCGCCGUCAAAUUGCAGUCCGGCGCCGUCGUCCUUCCCACCAAAAAGCCAGAUAUCGUACAUCUCGGUCUCCGCGACAUCGACUUUCUCGACUCGCCCAUCGAGCCCAGGGAGAGGGCCAAUGCCGCUGCCUUUCUGGCGAUGCAUUUCCCUUCAAGUAUGCUUAUCAGGUCCUCCUAUGGUGAGCGGGGGUGGGAUGAUGUUAUGUACAUCUAUCCAACGUUCAUCGAAUUUGCCAGGGCAUACUCAACAUAG